AGCCAUUUGCACCCAAAUGUCAGCACGCAUCUAGUCGGCGCAAUCGCGACUUCGCGAAGCUCGAGAUGUUCCCGUGCUGUGAGGCGUACCAACCCCUGGUGGCGCCUAGCGAUGGCUCCAACUCGCCGCCGCGCAUUCGACGCGCCGCGACGAAUGCGGACAUUGUGCAGUUCUCCACGGCGAUCUACUACGUGGAGGACGACGAGGGCGCCUUCCAGGUAGACGUCAUGCGCCUGGGAUCCAUGAAGGGAGCCGUGAAGGUGGGCUACUCCACAGAAGAUGGCAGCGCCAAAGCGGGCACGCACUAUGAGGAAGCCUUUGGAGAAGUGAUUUUCGAGGAUGGUGAGUAUCGGAAGUCUUUGGACAUCCGGACGUUGCACAAUGCCUACUGGUCAGCGACCAUGGAGUUCAAGGUGGUUCUCCAAAAUCCGGACAGCUGCAACUUGGGCCAUCACCUGCACGCCUGCCGCGUGAAGAUCAUCGACACGGACACCUUUCCCUCCAACAAGUACCGGGAGAAGCUUUUGCAGGGGGAGAAGGGCCUGGAGGAAAUCAGCGAGGUGGGGCUCUUUCUCGAGUACUUCAAGCUGUGCUUCUUUCAGGUGCCCAGCGUGUCGUGGCGCACCGCCGUGUGUGUGGUCAUGGACCAGAUGAAGAAUGCGUACCGCUACUUCAUGCUGUGCUUGAACAUCUACAUCGUGGACGUCCUGUUCAACCUGGAUGACCCCAAGACCGAAGAGCUGUUGUGGCGCCCCACCCGGAAGGGCACGGCCAUGGUGGUGGGCGUCGCCUACGUGGCGCCGAUGUUGGUGCUGCAUCUCUGGGACCUGCUGAAAGCCAAGAUGGACCUCGUGGGACACCUGAGGCUUUACCUUCAGUCCAGUCUCUUCCGGCGCUACUUGAACUACAGCGAGGAGAGCCGAGCCUCGGUACCUCCGGCAGACAUGCAGCAUGCGCUGUCGCUGGGCUCCGCGAAUGCGGCCAAGGGCUACAUGCUCGUACUGUCGCUGUUCCAAAAGUUCGGACAGCUUGCCGUUUUCACCUACUUCACGCUCCUCUCCAACCCGGACGCCAUCUACCUCAUCCUUGCGAUGCCUUCCCUCAUGUUGCUUUUCUUGGUGUGCAAGUCGUGCACGUCAGGUGGUGAUGAGGAGAAGAAGAGCAGGCAGUCCGCAGUGCUCAGCCUGGCCGCAGAGGUGUGCAACCGCUACCGCCUCAUCGCCGACUACUUCCAGCGCCCGCAGAUGAACGACAUCUUCGCCAAGAAGACCGACAUGUUGCGGAAGGACAAGGUGCCAGAGGCUAUGGAGGGGGUGAACGACGAGUACUUCCCCAAGUGGCUGGGGCCCUUGUUCGUGGGGGUCUACAUCGCGGUCUACGGACCCUCGGUCUUCGAUGAGGCCAUCUCGCUGGGCACCUUCCUGGCCACGGUGGGCAUCAUGAAGGACAUCAGCUCCGAGUUCGCGGAGGCCUACGAGCUACUGCUGGAGAUGAAGGACACCUUUGAGUCUGUAACGAAAAUGACCGUCUACUUCAACAAGCCGACAGACCUGAUGAUGUGGAAGGGCGUGAACCGCACCCGACGGGAAGCCACGAAAAAGGCGCGGGACUCGCUGUUCAAUCAGACCCAGCAGGAGGCGAAGGAUGGGAAGGAGAAGGACGGGAAGAGUGGACUCUACAAGACCGAUCUGAUCCCGAUCCAGAUGACCAACAUGGGCUUCUCCUGGGUUCCAGAGAAAGGAGCUCCUGUCUUCGAGGGCGUGAAUAUCUCGGUGCCCCAAGGCAAGCUUGUGGCGCUCGUGGGGCCCCAUGGCUGCGGCAAGAAGACACUGCUGGAACUGCUGGGCCACUUGAUCUUCCCCCAGGAGGGCUCCAUCUUCAUCCCCUCCCAUCUCCGCAUCCUCCACGUGACACAGGAGACCUACCUGCUGAACUUGUCGCCCUGGCAAAACCUCAUCUUCGGGUGCCCCAACCCCCACUCAGUGGAUCCCGCGCGGGUCCGCUUCAUUUGCCAGCGCCUGAAGAUGAAUACAGUCCUCAAGCUUAUCGAGCGUGACCUGCAGCAACAGGAAGAGCUGCGCGCGAGCACCAAGAGGCCCGUGGGGGAGGACGAGGAGGAGGAGGAGGAGUCGGAGGCAGAGGAGGAGAAAGACUGGACCAAGGACGACGGCGAGAAGUGGCAAGACACCCUGACCUACUCGGAGAAGGUGAAAAUGCACCUGGCGCGUGCGCUGAUCAUGAACCCCGAAGUGCUGGUGCUGCAGAGACCCUUGCAUCACUAUGAUGAGACCAUGGCCAAGGUCGUGCUGGACCUCCUCAAGAUCCACGUGCAGGAGAAGGGCCUUGGCCUCCCGGAGAAGGGGAGGCCCCACCGACGGCCGCGCACCUGCUUCUUCACAGUGGAGGACGUAAACCAAGCCAAAGAGGCUGAUGUGGUCUGGACCAUCAAGGAUCGCAAGGUGGGGGACCAGGUCGAGAGCAUCAGUUUGGCCGAGGCCUUUCUGGCGAAGACCCCCACCGCCAAGUUCGAGCUGCCCAAGUUCCAUAACUAGGAUCACAAGAUGGACACCGAGAGUGCCGGACCUCCGGCGGGUUUGCUCAAAAAACCUCAAACUGACCGUAAUGUGGUU